GUGGGCGGGGCGCUGCGGAGGCCGCGACGAUGUGGGGCGGCGGGUCUGCGCGCGCCCUCUCCCGCGCCCUCGCGCGCCGGCGGGCGGUGAGCGAUGACUAUGCUGAUCUGUCUUUUCAGACAGGCCUGAGAGGUACCAGUCAGAAUUACAGCUGGAAAAUACAGCUGAAAUCCAGUAGUACUCUGCCUGUCCCUCUGACUGAAACAAAAAGCAGGAUGCUCACCAUGAAGAGACUCGUGAACUUCAGCACUUCACACUCAUCAGUAGAUUCAAAGGAAAUGAAAAAAUUCCAGCUCCUUGCACAUAAGUGGUGGGAUGAAGAAGGAGAAUAUUCAGCCCUUCAUUCUAUGAAUGAUAUUAGAGUGCCAUUUAUUAGAGAUGCUCUGUUGAACAUGAGUAGAAAUUAUCAUCUGGGAAACCCGCUUUCUGGAGUCAAGAUUCUCGAUGUUGGCUGUGGCGGUGGUCUGCUAAGUGAGCCUCUAGCUAGACUGGGAGCUUCAGUUACUGGAAUUGAUCCUCUGGAGGACAACAUUAGAACAGCAGAUCAGCACAAGUCAUUUGAUCCGGUCCUGGACAAGAGAAUACAGUACAAGUCCUGUUCUCUGGAGGAGAUUGUGGAAGAGUCUAUGGAAACCUUUGAUGUAAUUGUAGCUUCUGAAGUAGUGGAGCAUGUGGCUGACCUUGAAAUGUUUAUCAACUCUUGUUCUCAGGUGUUAAAGCCUGAAGGUUCUUUAUUUGUUACUACAAUCAAUAAAACACAGUUGUCCUAUGUCCUGGGAAUUGUGGUUGCAGAAAAAAUAAUAGGCAUUGUACCGGAAGGAACACAUGAGUGGGAGAAGUUUGUUCCUCCUGAAGAGCUGGAGCGCCUCCUGGAAUCAAAUGGCUUUUCAGUCAAGACUGUGAAUGGGAUGCUGUAUAAUCCUUUUUCGGGGUCGUGGAGCUGGAUGGAAAGCACAAGCAUUAACUAUGCGAUGCAUGCUGUGAAAUCAGGGGCUCAGGAACAGUCAAGCCCAACAGGUGCCCUAUCAGAGAUGGAAAGCGAAAAGCACUCAGCCACAGCUGGGACUGCCGUGUGACUGUCUGAGAUGCAUGAUGAUGGACUGCCACCAGGAACAGAAAGGAAGGUUUUAUCCAACUGGACAUAAUAAAAUCUUUUGUAACAACAAGCUUGCUGUUGGCAUUAAUAAUGUGUAUGCUAUUUUUGGCCAAAUAUUUCAGGGCAGUCUCAGAAAAAAACAAGUGUCUGUUAUCUCAGGAAACUUUAAAGAUUGAAAUGAGCAAAGCGUUUAAAAGAGAAAUAUUUUUAUAAGGAACUAAUUUCAAAUUGUUGGAUAGGGAAAUGCAAAUUAAUCUGUCAGUAGCUUGGAGGAAGCUCUUACAUGUGAUAGCAUUUUGAGUCUUACCAGGGAAACUCAGAUCUCCGUAGAAUAAUAGCUUAAAUGUAGAAUGAAUUAAAAACCACAAUGAUGUAUGAUAAAUAAAAUACCUUAGUUACUCAACUGAGUUAAAAAUAUAUGAAACACUUAAAACACUUGUUUCUAUGUUAUGCCUUCUCCCUGAGAGCAGAUGAAAAAAAAAGCACCAAACCUUUUCUGUCAGGUUUUGCUGUUUCUACAGUUGACAUGAGGUAUCUGUGCAGACCAGAGUGCCUCAGCUGGUCUUCACCGUAAGGGUACUUGUGCCUAUUAUUUCCACUUUCUCCCUCUGCCCAAACAAAGGGAAGUAAAGCUGCAGGUAAAAUUUUACUAAACAACCAGAGCUUUAUGCUAAAAAAAGAUCCACGAACAGUCUGUUCUAGAACUGAAGUGCCAUACCUACUCAGUCUUAAAGUCUUAGUGUCAGAUUAAGGAAAAGUGUUGAUCUACAAUGAAAUAGGAAUUCCUAAAUAAAGUGUCGUUCGUGUGUGCCCAUGGCUCUAUCUCUUUCUUCUCUCUCCCUUCUUUUUUUCUUUCAGCUUGUAUACAGGCAGAGAGGUGGCCUGGCUGUGUUUGCAGCCCCCUUUUUUUUUUUCUUUUAUGUUACUUGUGCAUUUCCCCUGCUGUAGAGGUUUGGUGGGCUAGAUUAUUGUUUUACAUAUUUGUGUUCCGGCUGCUUUGCUGUAGCUGCAUGUUGCCUUAGGAGCCAAGUUUCAUGAUGGAGCUGAUGAUACCCAGAAUAAUAGUUAAUUUAUAAUGGAAAUAUUAGUAAUUCAUAGGUAUUGAGACUAAAAAGGAUUGUCUAGUUUGAUUAUUUCCAUGACAGUAAGUCCUGCUUUAUGAUAUUUCUUUGGGCUAUAGCUUGGUUUUGAGAAGAGGAUUCAUCUUCAUGUGGAGUUCAGUGACGUAGAAAUCACUAUGCUGCUUAUUCCUCGGGGUGCUGCUGCUGGUUGUGCUGUUCAGGAAGCUGAAUUUUCCCACUGUUGAGGACUAGUGCCAGCCUGGAGGUAAGCAGUGGGAGCACAUGACCAGGGAGAAUAUGGGGCAGAACAGCUCCUUGAGGGACAGUAAGCUUUUAAGUUGGUUCAACCUGUCUUGUGGAACAGCACUUUCAGAUAAUAAUUGAAGCAUUAAUUGCACUCAACCCUAAUUUUAAUUGUAUGAGAACCUCAGAGGAGAUUUUCAUUUAAUCCUUUUUUUUAAGUAAAAACAGAACUUGAAGUUCCCCUGAUGUCCUGUUAUGCUGUCUCGGUGCCCAUUGUUCCCAGAAGGUCAAGUGACAUCUCAUGGCUAUUUUUGCAGGACUCUACGAUUUCUUUACAUACAUUUCCACAAACACUCUGUGUCAGGUUCCUAGGGAAUGGAAAGAAGGAGGGAGAAGGUAGUGGGAAAGAAGAUGUGUAGAGGCUGUGGGUUGAGAUAAGAAUAAAGACUAUCAUGUAGUAAGUUUUUCUGAAAAUAACUUCUCAAUUUCUUUUAUGAUGUUGAAAUCUCAGCUUUUUCCCCCCACACUUCUAAGGAAUGCUUGAAAGGAAUAAUCAGAUACAUUCUAGGGGUUCAGAAGUCAAAAAGCUCGACUUCUGUAAUUAGCCAGCGUGGUGAAGCAGAUUGGAGGAGAGAAAGUGAGACAGAACAUGAAUCAUCACAUCAGUAUGGAUACUGUAGUUACAGGGAUUUGAGAGGCACCCAGGAGUACACAGAAAAGGAGUCAGCACUAAAAAGCCAGAAAUUGUAGAAGGAAGAAGAGCAAUGCCUGGAAGAUAAAUAUGAUUCCAAUGGAGAUGAGGAAUGGAAAUAACGGUGUACAGGGCAGUCAGGUUGAAGUGUGCCUUUGAAGAGGAACUACCGAUGGUUAGGUGCGUGGUUCUGUGUCAGAGGGAAGCGUAGCAGUUCAGCUAUUCACAGCCUUCUCACUGGUUUUGGAUGUUAACCUCCAGUGCCUUGUUCCAAAUGCCUACCACCUCACUGAUGUCCUGCAAGGGAAAGCUGGACUUCUGUAGCUUCAAACUAAAUCUUGGUCACUUAGUACUUGUGGCUAGCUUCCGCAUUGAUGAUGCUCCCCUUAUUUAUGUAGAGGAUCUCUUAUCCUGCUGUAUGCAAAUGUAUUCCCACUGUUCUUUGCAUUUAAUUCCCUUUUAUCAAGAGCAUAAACUAGAGCAGAGCUUCUUCACUCCCCAUCCCAGGAUGCCCACAGGUAUGAACAACUUGUAUCCUAAAACUAGAACACUAUUGACUUGAGUCAGCAUUUAUUUAAUAAAAUUACAAAUAUUGUCUUGUUAAAGGGAAAAAUGCGUAAGCCCAAAUGCAUAAUUUCUCUUCCCUAUCAACUUGAACUGCUCAACGGCACUGCUUCUCCCUUGCUGCCGCUGCUGGGCUUUGCUGAUCCCACAGGGGAGCAGUAACAUUUAGUGUACAGCUGUCCUUCUGUACCUCUAAAGCAGACCUUGUGGUUUAUUUGGUUCUUUGCUGUGUCAGAAUGAGUUUCUGUUUUUCCAAAUUGGAGUGAAUAUUAUUGUGUUGUCUCCUGCUUCAUGAUAAGUAACAAAAAUAGAUCUUUUUAUGUAAUGCACUGUCUUGCCAUCAUAACCGCAUAUUUUCCCCAGCCACUUUUCCAAUGAAAGCAGAACACUGCUUUUUAUAUCCCUUUCAAAACUGUUUGAUUCUGCUUAGAAUGAACAGUACUAUAAAUUUGAAUAAAAAUGACGCUCUUUUCAGAUUAUGUUUUUUUUUGUCAUAAAAGUCAACCUGUAUUUCCCCUGGUUCCUCCAGUUUAUAGGACAAAAUUCUAAUAUUUUAACGUUUGUGCUAAAUGUAGACGUCAUUUGUAGUGACAUAUGUCCCAUUGUCUUGGAGCAAUAUAAAAUGAUGUCAUGCUUUAUUCUAGUCAGAAGGGCUGGGAUUUCCUCUAGGAUGUAAAAUCACCUGACGUCUUGACUUACACAUGCAUUAAUUGCGCAGCCCCCUCUCAGGAAUUCAUGAUGUGUACUUUGAUCUGCAUUUUAUUGUGUUUUUGUUCCCACAUGGAGUCACUCCAGGGAUAGAAUCAAUAUUCACUUUUUUA